AACCACCUGCGGCGGCGAUGGGGAUCGGUGAGCACUUCGAGGGCGUGAAGCAGCACUGGGCGAGCAACUUCGCCUUCCUCGACUACUACAAGAAGGUCUACGGCCGCGCCGAGCCCCUCCCCAAGUGGUCCGACGCCGACGUCGACGAGUUCAUCGCCUCCGACCCGGUCUACGGGCCCCAGCUCAAGGCCCUGCGGGAGUCGAGGAAGUUUGCGCUCGCCGGGGCCUUCGCCGGCGCCGCCCACCUCGGCGGCGUCGCGCUCAAGUACUCCAAGGCGCCGCACGGCGUCGUGCUGGCGACCGGGUUCGGGGCGAUCACGGGCGCCGUGCUGGGGUCCGAGGUGGCGGAGCACUGGUACCAGCUCUACAAGAUGGACAAGCAGGGGGCCAACCUUAGGUUCAUCUACUGGUGGGAGGACAAGGUCUCAGGACAGAAGAGCUGAACCAUGUUGAAUUGAAUGAUGCCUAUUUGAGCAUUCCAGUUUGACAAAAACAUUGAUGUCUAUUAUCUGUAAUCCUUAUUGUUUUGUUUUGUUUCCUAGUUUUUCUCUAAUAAGGUGCGUAUCGGUUGUGGAAACCAACUGGACGAUGUAUUUUUCAUCUCUGUCAGUAGUGACAUUUAUCCUUAGUACUUACAAUGUUUAUGGUCAAUCUGGUGCAAACAGC